GAGUGUCAGCGAGCUCCGAACACGCGCAACGUUACCAGAAUAUACAACCUUCGUAAGAGACAAGUGGAUUUCUCGUUAAGCAAAGAUAUUUAAAUAAGACCAUGACAGAUGAAAUUAUUGAAGAAUUGGGACCAUCCGAUCUGGGUACUUUGGAAUUUUGGGAAAAGGUGUACACCGAAGAACUCGAUAAUUUCAAGGAUCACGGGGACGUCGGUGAAAUAUGGUUUGGUAAUAAGGCUUCACUAAAUGUUGUUAAAUGGAUUAGCACGAAAUUAAAUCUCGAUAUGGAAACUGAUCAAAUAAUAGAUAUUGGAUGUGGAAACGGUAUGAUUUUAUUAGAACUCACGAAAAAAGGUUUUAAACAAUUAACAGGAAUAGAUUAUUCCCAGAAAGCUAUAAAUUUAGCUAACGAAAUAUUAAAAGAAAAUAACAUUACUUGUGUAAAAUUACAAGUGUGCGAUAUUCUCGAUACCUCGAAUCAUGAAUUAUUAACAAAUUACUUUAAAGUAGCACACGAUAAAGGAACUUACGAUGCGAUCAGCCUUCAUCCUGACGAGCCAGCUGAUAAAAGAAGAAAAUACAUUGACAAUGUUUACAAUAUCCUACAACCAAACGGAUUUCUAAUUUUAACUUCCUGCAAUUGGACAAAAGAUGAAUUACUCAUUCAUUUUAAAAAUAAGUUCGAUUUUAUCGAUGAGCUUCCUGUUGAUUCAUUCCGAUUUGGUGGAAAACAGGGUAAUGUUGUUACACAAUUGGUUUUUAGAAAAAAAAAUGAAUAAAGUUUAACUUUAUCAAUGGCUCUUAUUACAUUUUGUAAUUUUACUAAA